AUGUCUAUUCUCGGUCAAAGUGCGUUGGUGACAGGCGGAACUGGCGCGAUUGGUGGGGCCAUUUGCGAGGAGCUCCUCAAGAGCGGAGUGAAGCAUCUUGCGGCCCUCGAUCUUAGCGCAGCAGAGCCCAAAGUUGUCACCGAAUGGAGGCAAAAAUUCCCUUCGGCGUCCGUGAAAUACUUCCAAGUGGACGUGAGUUCUCAUGAGCAGCUGGAAAAGUGCUACGCAGAGUUCGUGAAGGAAAUCAAGAGUCUGGACAUCGUGGUGAAUUGCGCUGGAACUUUCGAUGAGAAGAUCUACAGAAAGGUUGUGGAAGUGAAUCUUUGCGGCGUUAUUGGAUCAACUCUCAUUGCUCUUGAGCACAUGAGGAAGGAUAAAGGCAACGGAAAAGGCGGGAUGAUCCUCAACAUUUCGUCUGUUGCUGGCAUAACACCAGUGAGUGUUAUGCCAACUUACUGCGCAACGAAGCACGGCGUUUCUGCUUUCACGAGGGCUUUGGCUCACGAACGCGAAUAUUUGGGCAUCAAAUUCUUCGUUCUUUGUCCAGCUGGAACUCAAUCACAAAUGUACGAUAAAGUCAUUAAGCCUGAAUUCUCCUUCAUGUCGAGCGAAGCAAAGCUAGAUAUGUUGAAAAAAAGUUUUCCAGAUCAAAGCCCAGCAGAAGUUGGAAAAGCGUCAGUGCAAAUCAUGCAAAACGGCAAAAGCGGAAGUGUUUGGAUGGUUGAAAAUGGAAAAACGAUCGAAGUUACAUUGCCCGAAAUACAAUUUUAACAACUUUUGGUAGAAGUAAUAGAUUGUUUAUA